AUGGUGGAACAUGGUGGAGGGGAGGCGGAGGGAGAUGCGCAGGGAGGGAGGCGGUACUACGUGUCCUCCACUCAUCCUCUCAACGCGCGAGCCCGGCAGAGUGCGGCGCGUGGACGGAGGCACACGCGACACUCAGCGCCCGGAUGCGACUUUGAGGUUGCCAAGCCCAGUCAUUGGCAUCUGAAACAGCUGGGUCGCGUCGAGAAGAUUGUGAAGACAGUCGGGCAGCCCACGGUGACCGAUGGCUCCAAAUUAUCCGAAUAUGUUGAAUUAGUGGAUGGGAUUUACCUGAACGAGAUCAUGCUGGAGAUAAAUCCUAAAGCCACUGUGCAGAGGACCAACAAGAAAGUGAACAAUGACCCCACACUGCGCAUCCAGAACCUGUCUAUUCUUAUCAGGCAGAUUAAGGCCUACUAUCAGGAGAGUCUCCAGCAGCUUGUCAUGAUGCCUUUACCAAAUGUGCUGGUGCUGGGCCGAAACCCCCUUUCUGAGUUGCUGCCCUUUAUAGCUCUGUCCAGUCACUGUGAAGCCGAGAGCAAUACAAUUCAGAGUGUCUGGCUCUUCAAAGAUAUUCCUCCUCUACAGAGCCCAGACGCAGCUAGAGAGAACAUUAAAGUCACCCAGUGCAGACAGCGGUGCGAGGCAGAACAAGGUCUGGAGGAGAUGAAAAAGCUGCUGCUGUUACUACUAGGCUGCGCUGUCCAGUGCGAUAAGAAGGAAGAGUACAUUGAGCGUAUCCAGACGCUGGAUUUUCACACCAAGGCUGCCAUAGCAUCCCACAUCCAAGAGGUGACACAUAACCAGGAGAAUGUGGUGGACCUACAGUGGCUGGAAAGCGGAGAAGUGCCUCCUGAGGAUCUGGACGGCCUCUCUAGAAACCUGGCUUUCCACCUCAAGCGCCUGGUGGAUGAAAGAGACACACAGCUGGAGACUAUUGUGGAACUCACCCAGGAAAGAGACUGUGUGCAGCUGUCGCCGAUGGCUCCCUGUGCGACUCACUCUCCCAGCGACUCCCCCAGUAUGAGGAGAACUGAAAGCCGACAGCACCUCUCUGUGGAGUUGGCUGAUGCCAAGGCCAAAAUCAGACGUCUUCGGCAGGAACUAGAGGAAAAGAGUGAGCAGCUUCUGGACACCAGGCAGGAGCUUGAAAAUAUCGAGGUGGAGUUCAAGAGACUUCAGCAAGAGAGCUAUCAGCUGCUAUCAGAUGCUCGGUCAGCUCGGGCCUACCGUGACGAGCUGGACGCACUCAGAGAGAAAGCCAUACGUGUCGACAAACUGGAGAGUGAGCUGAGCCGAUACAAAGAGAAACUUCAUGACAUUGAGUUUUACAAGGCCAGAGUUGAGGAGCUGAAGGAAGACAAUCAGAUUCUGCUGGAGACCAAGACCAUGCUGGAGGAGCAGCUGGAUGCAACCAGGACCCGGUCUGACAAGCUUCACCUCCUAGAGAAAGAGAAUCUGCAGCUCAAGUCCAAGAUGCAUGACCUUGAGAUGGAGCGAGACCUGGACCGCAAGCGCAUGGAGGAUCUGCUGGAGGAGAAUCUUGUGCUGGAGAUGGCCCAAAAGCAGAGCAUGGAUGAGUCCCUGCACCUGGGCUGGGAACUGGAGCAGCUGUCCAAAACACCAGAGCACGCUGAAGCCCCUCAGAAGUCUUUGGGGGAGGAGGUGAAUGAACUGACCUCAAGUCGACUGUUGAAACUGGAGAAAGACAAUCAGGCUCUGCUAAAGACGGUGGAAGAGCUCAGAGGAGCAGCCAGUCAGGAUACAAUAACAAAACUGACCAAAGCCAGCCAAGAAAACCAGAAACUGAAUCAAAAGCUGGAGCAGCUGGAGAGCGAACUGACGGCCGACAGAGAGUCGCUCCGCAGCGCUGAGUCCCUCAGCACUGACCUGAUGAAGGAGAAGGCUUUACUGGAGAAGACUCUGGAAACGCUCAGAGAAAACUCAGAGAGACAGGUUAAGGGUCUGGAGCAGGAGAACAAGCACCUGAGUCAGACUGUGUCGUCCCUGCGGCAGCGCUGCCAGGUGGGAGCCGAGGCCCGGGUGAAGGAUGUGGAGAAAGAAAAUCGUGUUCUUCACGAGUCCAUCUGCGAGACAACAGCCAAGCUGAAUAAGAUGGAGUUUGAGAGGAAUCAGCUCCGUAAAGAGCUUGAAGUGAUGAAGGAUAAAGGCGAGAGAGCAGAGGAGCUGGAGAUUCAGAUACAGAAACUGGAAAGGGACAAUGAGAGUCUGCAGAAGAAAGUUGCCAAUCUUGGAAUCACCUGUGAAAAGGUGUCAACUUUGGAGAAGGAAAACUCUGACCUGGAGGCUGAGGGCCGUCGUCUGAAGAAGAAACUCGAUGCUCUGAAGAACACGGCCUUCCAGUUGGAGGCUCUGGAAAAGGAAAACUCUCAGCUGGAACAGGAAAACCUGGAGCUUCGGCGCUCUGCUGAGAGUCUGCGGUCAGCUGGAGCGAGGGCUGCUCAGCUGGACGCUGAGAACAGGGAGCUGGAGAGUGAGAGGUGUCAGCUGAAGCGUAGCCUCGAACUGCUUAAAGCCUCAUCUAAGAAGACAGAGCGAUUAGAGGUGAGCUACCAGGGCCUAGAUACAGAGAACCAGCGCCUGCAGAAGGCUUUAGAGAACAGCAGCAAGAAGAUCCAGCAGCUGGAGGCAGAGCUGCAAGAGGUGGAAACAGAGAACCAGACCCUGCAACGUAACCUGGAGGAGCUGAAGAUCUCAAGUAAACGCUUGGAGCAGCUGGAGCAGGAGAACAAGACUCUUGAACAGGAAAGUUCCCAACUAGAGAAGGACAAAAAGCUCCUUGAGAAAGAGAACAAGCGCUUGAGGCAGCAGGCUGAGAUCCGCGACUCUAAGCUUGAUGACGGCAACCAGCGGAUUUCUGCCCUGGAAAAAGAGAAUCGGACCAUGGGCAAGGAGAUGAUCUUUUUCAGGGACUCCUGCACUCGAGUCAAAGACCUGGAGAGGGAGAACAAGGAUCUGGUCAAACAAGCUAAUAUCGAUAAGAAAACUCUAAUGACGCUCAGAGAGGAGCUUGUGAGUGAGAAGCUGCGCACUCAGCAGAUGAAUAAUGAUCUGGAGAAACUGACCCAUGAGUUGGAGAAGAUUGGACUGAACAAAGAGAGACUCCUUCACGAUGAGAGCUCGGAUGACAGGUUUAAGCUUCUGGAAACCAGACUGGAGUCAACUUUGAAAUCAUCUUUGGAGAUCAAAGAGGAGAAAAUUGCUGCUCUAGAGGCCAGACUGCAGGAGUCCUCCAACCUCAACCAGCAACUUCGCCAGGAGCUGAAGACAGUGAAGAAAAACUAUGAGGCACUGCGUCAGAGAGAGGAGGAAGAGAGGAUGGUUCAGAGCUCUCCCCCUCGAGCAGGGGAAGAGCCUCAGGCUGUCAGUAAAUGGGAGAAGGAGAGUCAUGAAGCUACCAGGGAAUUGCUGAAAGUUAAAGACAGACUCAUUGAGGUGGAGAGAAAUAAUGCCACCCUGCAGGCUGAGAAGGUGGCUCUUAGGAGCCAGCUCAAACAGCUGGAAACUCAAAGCUCCAACCUGCAGGCUCAGAUAGUGGCUGUGCAGAGACAGAGCGCCUCCUUACAGGAGAACAAUACCACUCUGCAGACCCAGAAUGCCAAGCUGCAGGUGGAGAACUCCACCCUGAGCUCACAGAGCGCAGCCCUCAUGGCCCAACAUGCUCAGCUGCAGAGCCAGCAGAGCUGCGUAGAGGCAGACCGAGAAGGUGUGAUGAAGGAGAAAGAGGAGCUGAGAGGGACUUAUGAGCUGUUGCUCCGAGAUCACGAAAAGCUGGCAGCACUCCAUGAGAGGCAGGCAGCUGAAUAUGAAGCCCUGAUUGGGAAGCACGGUGGCCUUAAGACGUCCCACAAAAGCCUGGAGCAGCAGCACAGGGACUUGGAGGACAAGUACAAACAGCUUCUGCACAGAAAGGGGGAGCUGGAGGAGCUGGAGAAAAACCUGAAAGAACAGCAGGAAAAAAUGGCCCAGGAGAACCAGACCCAUCAAGCCACAGCUGACCAAUGCAGACUUCUCAAAGAAGAAAACGACAGACUGAACAAUAACUAUCGCCAGCUGGUGAAAGACAACGAUAAUCUCCAGGGGGAGCAUAAGAACAUAAAGAGCCAGUUGAACAGUGCAAAGCUGGAACAAACCAAGCUAGAGGCUGAGUUUUCUAAACUAAAAGAGCAGUACCAACAACUGGAUAUCACAUCCACCAAGCUCACCAAUCAGUGUGAGUUAUUGAGCCAGCUGAAGGGAAAUUUGGAGGAGGAGAACCGUCACCUGUUGGAUCAGAUCCAAACCCUGAUGCUACAGAACCGGACGCUUCUGGAGCAGACGAUGGAAAGCAAGGACCUGUUCCAUGUAGAACAAAGACAAUACAUAGACAAGUUGAAUGAACUGAGGAGACAGAAAGAGAAGCUGGAGGAGAAGAUUAUGGACCAGUAUAAAUUUUAUGACCCUUCGCCUCCACGGAGGCGUGGUAACUGGAUCACUCUAAAAAUGAAGAAGCUGAUCAAGCCAAAGAGCCGGGAGAGGAUGCGCUCUCUCACUCUGACGCCGUCUCGUUCCGAGUAUGGAGAUGGCUUUCUGACGUUUCCCCACGACAGCCAAGACAGCUCCUCCAUUGGCUCUGGCUCCAACUCGUUGGAUGACACGCUCACACAGAAGAGAAGCGGCAGGAGGAGAGGGCAGCAGUCCCAUGCCCAAAUGCAGGGCUCCUCCAACGCCAUGAACGACCUGCUGCAGACCAUGGGCGUGGCAGGUGUUUCUGGGAUUCAGUGGACAGGCAGCACAGACAAUCUAGAUGGUCCUGAAGCUGGGGACACUGGCAUGGCUGCUGCCAGCAAGCGCAGCGGGCAGCGCAUGAAGGAACUUGCUUUUUCCACCAACGCCAUUGACUGUGCCGCCAUGACGCUGCCCACCGCAGGGCACAGCAGAGCUAAGCACCGACUUAAGGUCAAAGACAAUGUCUCCUGUGAGGAUGUGGCUGGCUCCUCAGAUGAACCCAAGAGUCAAGGCACAGUGAACGGCAGCCUCAGCAGGCCUCACAGUGAGAGCAGCGGUGAGUUCAGCCUGAGUCUGGACCAGGAAGUGUGGUCCAGCAGUGGCAGCAGCCCCGUCCAGCAGCCCUCCUCCUCCCGGUCCUCCCACCAGAGCCCCCUGCAGCUACGCAGGUCCCUGGAGCCCUGCAGCACCGCCGGGAGCCCCGGCCCCACACAGAUGAAGAAGGCAGCAUCUCCCAGCGAGGUGCUCUCUUUGCAGCAGUUCCUGGAUGAGGGGAUCGAUCCUGCCGAGUCUGGUAGUCAGGAGAACCUCACUGUGGACUCGCCCCGCCUCGCCACCUCCUCUGAGCUGAAGGAGCGCCCCUCCACCAGGUCCCGGGGCAUAUUGCGCUCAUCGAGUGGAAGAGCGGCACCAGUCGGCAGCGACCGGCCGCCGAGGUCCUCGGGACAACCGGGCCGCCCAACCCUGCGGAAGGCUGAGAGCACUCGUGUGAAAGGCUCCGCCCCGCUCCGCUCUGGCCUGUCCUCGCAGAGCAAAGCCAUGUCCGUCUCUGAAAGACUGGACUCGGCCUCUUCCACACUGCCUCGUGCCAGCAGCGUCAUCUCCACUGCUGAGGGUACCACACGGCGCACCAGCAUCCACGACAUGCUGUCUAAAGACAACCGACAGCCUGUUUCCGUGGAUGUUUCUCCCCAAGUCGCUUCCCCCAAGGCUGCCACUCGCUCUCAGCCUACACCCAGUGAGUACCACCCUAGCAGCACCCACCAAAAGGGAGCCCUUACCACCACCUUCCCCAUGCCCAAGUCCCUCAGCUUACCCUGCCAUAGCCUAGAGGACCCUGACCUCUCCACCCUCGAGUCUUUCCUCGGCCCCUCCUUCACUGUCGAGUCAGUGUUCAUGGACUCCAUCUUUAGUGAGUCAGCAGACAAAAACCUCCCCUUUUUAUCUCUAAACCCCACUCUAGUUAGCAACAUCAGUGGGCCUCCUAUUGCAAGUAAAGCCCAACACCCGGUUCCCAACAGCAGCCAGAACCAGAGUUCUGACAGCCAGUCCAAUGACCAGGUGAAAUGCAGCUCAGCAGGUCUGAAAGAGCAAAACCCGGGUGUUGAUUCAGACCAGUCGCUGAGCCCAGAGGAGAGCCAGUCUCUGUGGUACGAGUAUGGCUGUAUGUGGAGGGCAGAAAGUCUAAAAGCAGGAGCGGGGAGACGCAGCAAAGCUGCUGAACCCUGCCCCUCCCACCCUCGUCUGUCUGCUACCAUGCUGCGAGCGCGUGUUGUGUCCCUGCAAGCCCCCCCCCCACCACCAUCCCCUGUCCCUCACUUUCCCCGUGGUGCCAAACGCCUGCUCACAGAUCCUGACUGGGACCAGGUCAGAGAGGUGUACUAUGAAGCGAGUUCAACCCCUUGGUGUACGCUGGCCCGAAAAAACCUAAACACCCCAUCAGAGAUGAUGGAUGCUACUUAA